CCUCACUGCCUCAGGGACCGAAAUAGAAAACUCCGAAGGAAAAAAAAUUCGCCCUCCUCUCGCCGUCCUCCCCUCGUCCGCCUCCAACCCUCGAGCUCGACGCGCAGGCGGCGGCGCGGCGAGAUGAAGGUCUCCGUGAAGACGCUCAAGGGAUCCAGCUUCCAGAUCGAAGUGGAGGCCACUGACAAGGUUGCUGAUGUGAAGAAGGUUAUAGAGAGUACACAAGGGCAGAAUGUCUACCCAGCUGACCAACAGAUGCUCAUACACCAAGGAAAGGUGCUCAAUGAUGAGACCACGUUGGAGGAAAACCAAGUUCUUGAGAACAAUUUCCUGGUUAUAAUGCUCAGACAGAACAAGGCCUCAUCAAGUGCACCACCAGCUAAGGCAUCUGCAAAUCAGGCGCCUCCUACUCAGACAGUUCCUGCUACUCCUGCACCUCAAACACCUGUGGCACCAGCUGCACCGGCACCAACUGUACCUGUCAGUGCACCUGCUCCAACUGCCACAGCCUCCCCAGCUCCUGCUGUUGCUGUAUCCACUGAAGCAGAUAGUUAUGGUCAGGCUGCCUCAAACCUUGUUGCUGGCGGCAACUUAGAAGGAACGAUUCAAUCCAUUCUUGAAAUGGGUGGUGGAACAUGGGAUAGAGACACUGUGCUACGUGCUCUACAGGCUGCAUAUAACAAUCCAGAGCGGGCUGUUGAGUACUUAUAUUCUGGGAUUCCUGAUCAGAUGGAUGUUCCUGCACCACCUCCAAGUUCCCAGGCAGCCAAUCCUGUCCAGCCUUCACAACCAGCUCAAGCUGCAGUUCCUUCGUCUGGUCCAAAUGUUAACCCGCUGGACCUCUUCCCACAAGCCCUUCCAAAUGCUUCUGCUAAUGCUGGGGCGGGAAAUCUUGAUGUUUUGCGUAAUAAUGCACAAUUCCAAACCUUGCUCAGUUUAGUGCAGGCUAACCCUCAAAUUUUACAGCCACUGCUUCAAGAAUUGGGGAAACAAAAUCCCCAGGUCAUGCAGCUGAUCCAGGAAAACCAAGCAGAAUUCAUGCGCUUGAUCAAUGAACCUCUGGAGGGAGAUGAAGAGAAUGAAAUGAACAUGCUGGACCAGAUUGCGGAUGCAGCUGAGACCAUUGCUGUCACUCCAGAGGAGAACGAAGCUAUACUUCGUCUUGAAGGGAUGGGCUUUGACAGGGCGCUUGUCCUGGAAGUGUUCUUUGCCUGCAACAAGAACGAGCAGCUGGCUGCGAACUACCUCUUGGACCACAUGCACGAGUUCGACAAUGACGAUGGGAUCGGUGGAGGGCCACCACUAUAAGGAGGCGGAACCGCUCUCAAGCUCUGCGUCAUGUGAAGGCUGUAGGGCAGAAUUAGGAGAACUUUUUUGGAUUUGCCUUGCCUAUUCGCUACCCCUAAUCUUGAAUUCGUUUCUGUUUGGCUUUGCUGUUUAGUACAUAACUCUAGAUUAUCAUCACAGACAGACUUUUAUAAUUGGAUAUAAAGGUCAUGAGUCAGUUUACUGGAUCUA